GGAAGGCCCUCCUGCGCAUGCGCUGCGUCCGCCUGGGAAGAUGGGGAAAGUGAGAGGCCUGCGGGCCCGCGUGCACCAGGCUGCCGUGAGGCCCAGGGGGGAGGCCGCGCCCGGCUCUACGCCCCCUGCCCAGGAGGCUCCCCCUCCGCAGACCCCGGCUGCCGGAGCCAGGGGGAAGGACUGGGCUUUCGUCAACACUGACAUCUUUGCCAGGACCAAGAUAGACCCCAGUGCCUUGGUGCAGAGCCUGGAGCUGGACACGAGGAGCGUCACUUCCAUCAGGAGAGGUGUGGAGGCCAAGGCUAUUCUGCCCAAGAAGGAGAAGUUGAAGCUGAGACGGGAGCGAUGGCUGCAGAAAAUGGAAGCCAUCAAGCUGGCCGAGCAGAAGCGCAGAGAGGCACAGAGGCGGAGGGCGACGGCCGUGGUGGGGGACCUCCAGCCCCUGAGGGACGCCCUGCCCGAGCUGCUGGGGCUCCCGGUGGGCAGCCGGCGCCAGGCCCACGGCAGGGCAGGCAGCAAGCCCCGGCCAGCCGAGCUCAGCAGGAUGAGCGCAGCCCAGAGACGGCAGCUCCUUGAGGAAGAAAGGACCCGGUUUCGGGAGCUGCUGGCCAGUCCGGCCUACAGAGCCAGCCCCCUGCUGGCCAUUGGGCAGCAGCUGGCGCACCAGAUGCAGCUGGAAGGCGGCAGCGAGCUGUGAACGGACAGGCCGCGAUUCCUCAGGACGCACCUGCGGGCAGAAGUGCCCAAGGAGCCGCUGGCCCCUCAGGAACCGUGGCCCUGGCCUGGCGGUUGCCCCCCAGGUCUUUCUGGUGUGGUGGGAGGGUGUGGAGAUGGGUGAGGACCAAUAAAGCGCCCGCGAACCUUCCUUCGUGACCCCGCUGCUCAGGCGGGGUCGGGCUGGGGGCCCCACGCCCUGUGCCGAGUGACGCGGUGGGUCUCGGGGGCUGCGCUUGCAUGACACCUGGGCUUGUCCAGGCCUCACCGCCGACCCUGAGCCGAGUGACGCGGUGGGUCUCGGGGGCUGCGCUUGCAUGACACCUGGGCUUGUCCAGGCCUCACCGCCGACCCUGAGCCGAGUGACGCGGUGGGUCUCGGGGGCUGCGCUUGCAUGACACCUGGGCUUGUCCAGGCCUCACCGCCGACCCUGAGCCGAGUGACGCGGUGGGUCUCGGGGGCUGCGCUUGCAUGACACCUGGGCUUGUCCAGGCCUCACCGCCGUCCCUGAGCCGAGUGACGCGGUGGGUCUCGGGGGCUGCGCUUGCAUGACACCUGGGCUUGUCCAGGCCUCACCGCCGUCCCUGAGCCGGCACCGGUGCCCUCAGACUGCAGCAGUGCAGCUUCCCAGUGCUGCUUGGGAAAGGGAUCUGUCACGGUGCAGGUGACGGGGGCUUUCUGCAGUCCGCCAUCAUUUGCCUUCAACGAGUUUCUGCCGCGGCCCGGCCCUGGCGGGACCCAUCUUCCUGACAGGAGCACUCAGGCCUGUGGGAGCUGCCCCUCCUGCCCACCAUGCUCCCCUGGGUCCCCCAGGUACAGAUGGAUCUCGCCACGGCCCGCCUGGUCCCUGACCCCAUCGCCCCACUGGGCCUCACCCCUGCAUGUGCUGUUCCCCAGGAUCUGGCCAGCCUGCUGCCAGCCGGGCCCUCGCCCCGUGUCCUGGGGCCUGCAGAGCAGGGGUCCUCCCGUGGGCCUGGCCCGGGAGCCCCAGCUGGCCCACAAGCAGACGGAUUCCUAGAAGCCACUGGGAUCUGGGGUUGGUUGUUGGGCUGCAGACACAUCAACUGAUAAAGCCUCGUUUUCAGGGUGUGGAAAGUGAGGGCUGGUGCGUCCCCAGGCCCUGAAGCCCAGCUGGGUCCCCUGUGGCAGUGCUCACACGCUCAGGCGCCUUUGGCUCCUGUCCAGACUGAGGCCCUCGGCAGGACGGCCCCGCCAUGGGGACAGCAGAGCCACGCGGCGCAGGCAGGGCUGCAGGGCUGGCUGGGCCCCGGGAAAGGAGACAGCUGAGCAGAGGUGGAGGCAGCAGGUGUCCCAUCCACGGAGGUGGACGCAGACUGUCCCAGGAAAGUGGCUUGAGAACCUCAGGUGUGGGGUUGUCACCCCAGCAUCCUGUACAAGAGCAAAGUACCACAAAGCCCGGCCAGAGCCAGGUGCACCCAGGCCCCAGAAGGUGCGUUUGGGGUAGUCGGGCACCACUCGAGUUAAACUCGGGUAUCAGCUGAGCGCUGCUCCGUGCCAGCACCAUGCAGAGAGAAUUGGCCUAUUUUGCCCAAAAACAAAUCGCAUGGGUUGACAGAUGCCCUGAAACAGUCGCUAUCCGGGCGGCUGCUUGUGGGAGCUUUUCUGUCUUUGUGUGUGUGCGUUUCCUAAUCUUUGUAGAAUGCACACGAAUUCUUUGUAAUAAUUUUAAGUAAAGAAGUGCUCCACUUCAGUGGGUUUCACGCUUUUUAAACCCUG